GUGGACACAGACGUGGAGUUUUGCAGGACCGACUUUGCAGGGCACUUGGCCUCGCUUUCUUCAUUUCCCUGCUGAAAGAACCGGCCGGAAUAUAAAGCCGCCACCAGAUCUGCCUGGACUGUCUGUUGUUGGGAAUUGAGGAAACUGACCCUGUAGACAAAAUGAGUGAUACGCUGAAGGAUGGCUCUUUCAUGUUCACCUCGGAGUCUGUGGGAGAGGGACAUCCAGACAAGAUUUGUGACCAGAUCAGUGAUGCCGUCCUGGACGCACAUCUGAAGCAGGACCCUGAUGCCAAAGUGGCCUGUGAGACGGUGUGUAAGACUGGCAUGGUGCUGCUCUGUGGAGAGAUCACGUCUCGGGCCAAUGUGGACUAUCAGAAGGUGGUGAGGGACACCAUCAAACACAUUGGCUACGACAACUCUGACAAAGGUUUUGACUACAAGACGUGUAACGUGCUGGUGGCUCUGGAGCAGCAGAGUCCGGACAUUGCUCAGGGGGUCCAUGUUGACAGACAGGAGGAGGACAUCGGAGCGGGAGACCAGGGUCUGAUGUUCGGCUACGCCACCGAUGAGACCGAGGAGUGCAUGCCUCUCACCAUCGUCUUGGCUCACAAACUCAACGCGAAGAUGGCCGAGCUCAGACGCACCGGCGUCAUCCCCUGGCUGCGUCCUGACUCUAAAACACAGGUGACAGUGCAUUAUGAGCAGAAGGAUGGAGCUGUGAUCCCCAAGAGAGUCCACACCAUUGUGAUCUCUGUCCAGCACGAUGACUAUAUCACUCUGGAUGAGCAGCAGAAGGUCCUUAAGGAGAAGGUGAUUGACACCGUGGUUCCGGCCAAAUAUCUGGACGACAAAACCGUCUACCACCUCCAGCCAAGUGGUCGCUUCGUCAUUGGAGGACCCCAGGGUGAUGCCGGUGUGACGGGCAGGAAGAUCAUUGUAGACACAUACGGAGGUUGGGGAGCUCACGGCGGUGGAGCUUUCUCCGGCAAAGACUUCUCAAAGGUCGACCGCUCUGCUGCCUACGCUGCUCGCUGGGUCGCCAAGUCUCUGGUCAAAGCUAAGCUGUGCAGAAGAGUUCUGGUUCAGGUGUCUUAUGCUAUUGGAGUGGCCUAUCCUCUGUCCAUCUCCUUGUUCACCUAUGGUUCCUCAAAGAAAACAGAGUCAGAGCUGCUCCAGAUUGUCAACAAGAACUUUGAUCUGCGGCCAGGAGUCAUUGUCAGGGAACUGAACCUGAAGAGGCCGAUCUACCAGCAGACAGCCUCUUAUGGCCACUUCGGUCGACCAGAGUUUACUUGGGAGAUCCCCAAAAAGCUUGUUGUCUAAAUACUCCCACCCGCCUGUCCUGACCCCCGCCCGGAGGCCGAACAAGACGCCGCUUCACGGGCAAUAACUGCCAGCUCCAUCCACUGAUAGGACAUUCUUAAUAGGAAGAACUAAAGCCAAAGUCAGGGAGAGAUAAGUCAGCUUUAAAGAGGUGACAAGAUAAUUAUAAGCAAGAGUGGUUGUAUCCAGCGGACAUAUGACGGGACAUUGUCCCAAUGAGAAGAGAGACAUCGCAGAGAGGACAUCUCAGUAUUUAAUCUUUUUUUUUUUUCCAGUCCACAAAAGGUCCAAUUAUUGGUGCUAUAAAAAAUGUACAUACAUUAAUCAAAGAUCUUUACCAGUAAUGAAAAGGAACACCACAACAUGUCAAAUACUCUGAGAGGAGUGUUUUACCUCGAAGCUGUUAACGUAGCUUUACGUGAAACAACGUCAGCGCUUCAUUUAGUAAAAGUGCUACUGAUAGCAGUAAGUAUUUCACCAUCUUAUUAAUGUGAGGAGUACAAUUACUACUCAACCAAAAGGUUUGGCUUCAGGAGAUCUUUUCAUCAUGACUGUAAAAAUGCAUUUUUUCCUCCCCUCUCCUCCCCCGAGUCUUAUUCAGUAACGUGUGCUACAGGAAGCUGUUUGCACUGUUACGGUCACCAUUGUAAAACAAAACAGGUCAUUAAACGCGGGGAGAGUUCUGAUCUACGAGGCACAAAAAAAAAAAAAUGUUACAGUCAGAUGUAAAACUCCCUGCAGGUUCACGUGUUCAUACUGCUCUUCUUUUCUGUCAUCCUUUCAUUACAUAUUAAGUUUCUUCAACCUGCAGGCCUGCUGCUGUAAAUGUGACUCGGUUCAUCAAAUAAUACAGGAAUCUGAAACUCGGCUUAUAGUGAAGACGCACUCAAUGGAUCACAGAUGUCUUAAAAGUUGCAACGUUUCAUCAACAUGUUCUGAUCUACCUUGUUGCAGAUGCUAGUUUCCUCUCAUUUUAUAGUCUGCUCUUUCUAUAUCUUUGAGAUAAUUUGUUAAUUUUUUUGACCCGGCGCGAAAUGAAAGAUUAAAAUAUCUCAAGACCAUUGUCUAGUUACGCUGUAGCUCUAUCUUUUGGACUCUUCAAAACAUGGAUUUAGAGUUAAAAAAAAAAGGGAGUGUUUAUUAAAAUAUAUACACAUGGGGCGUUUAGAAAAUUGAAUUCUACGUCAGGUUUAAUCACAGAGUAUUUAAUUUUUAUCUUCCUGAAACACUUGUGACGGGAUUGAGAGAGUAUUACCGGUUAAAACAUGAUGCCCGUAGAGGUUCAGGACUCCUGUGGUCAGUGGUCGCCACCGGUGCUGUUCACCUACAGCCGACGAUGUUUUUGUGAUAGAGGUUUUGCUCUAUUUGUUAUCUAUCGGUGUCUUCUUCUGUCAGCUUUGUUGGCAGAGAAACUGGAUGAUGUAAAUAAUUAAACAAUUUAAAAAACAAAAAA